AUGGCACAGAUUGCAUACAACAACAAGCUAUCGGAAGCAACAGGCACGAUGCCGUUCUUUGCGAAUCACGGACGACAUCCAAAUCUCUUUACCAGAUCUCUUGACAGUAAUAUCCAAACGGAAUCAGCAAUAUCCUCAGUCGAGGCACUGAAGAAAGUACACCAA